UGCCUUCCCUCCAUGCUGCCGCGGGGGCUGCUGGGAGCGCGAUGGCGGCGCGGCGGGUGGUGGUUGGGCUGCGGGCGGUGAACAGCGUCCGGGUCCGCUUUUGUCCCUUCGAGACCAACGUGGAGAGCACGCGAGAGUUUCUUCACCACAUAAGCAGUAAAAAAGCACGCAGCUCCAAUUUCAACUGUGUCGUGACCACCGAUGUGAGGCACGAUGGGUCUGAACCAAUGGUGGACAUCAUGUUUGUUGGAGAAUACCAGUCACUUUCUGAGGGGUUCCAUGCAACUGAACUUGAUGCCCAUCUAAAAGCCAGGCUUAAAUAGGAAUUGAAAGGAAAUCUGCUUUGAAAAUCUGAUUCUCAAGUAUAAAUUUGGAUUCCUUAAAUUUGAAUUAAUUUAUAUAUAUGGUGUUAAAUAGCUGUGCAGAAUUAGUACAUUGUAGCACUAUACACAUGUCCCUUCCUUAUACACAUAAAGAGAGAGAUACUUACAAUGCUGACACUUAAAAAGAUUUUUAGUACUCUUAGUCAGCAGUUUCAGCUGUAUUCCCCAUUUCACGGAAGACUUUUUACUGUAAGAUUCUUUACAUUUGACCGCUGGAGAUAUAAUGCAGCACUUCCAAUUCCAAACAUAAACUUGAAAAUAAGUGAGCCAGACAUUUCCAAAAUCAUAAAUUAGCUUAAAAUAAUUUGAUUUGCUAUAAACUGAGAGUGAUUCUGGGUUUUAAUAUUAAGGUCCAUGUGGGUCCAAUUUCAGUACAGAAACAUAAGAUUUCUCCUUUGUUGAUGUGACUUCUCAUAUUCACAUGACUCCUAGAGCUGGAGCUUUAAGAAAAGCACAAAAUAUCACAGCAUAAAAUGACCAGGAGUUGCCAAAACUGCAACUACUUUGGUCUCUCUCUGUAUAAUUACAUUUUAGGUACAAGAAAACAGUCUCUCACCACUAGAUGGGAAUAGAGUAUUUUGCAACCUCCUAUCUUAGCAGGAGGGCAAACCAGAAACCUAUCUGCAGAAACGACUCAAUAAGUUUCUCCUUUGGUCAAGAACUAGAUGUUUGCAGUGCUGGACUGAAGCCAAGAUUUGGUUUCUCUGGAGCCUCCCAUCCUGCAGCCAGGGACAAGAUAGGAGAUUUAGCACUUGUUAACACAUGAAAGAUGAUCCUGUUUGAUUUGUAAUCUGAUUUCUUUUAAUGUACCCUUUUUUAAAAGCAAGCAAUAAAGAAUGACAGGACAGAGAGAACACCAGUUGUUCUAAGAGUAAAUACCAGGCUAAUUUAAAACCUACUCUAGAGCCACUUGCACAAGCAAGAAGGAUAAGAGAGGAAGGAAAUGGAGUUUAAAUUUAACUGUCUGAUGACAAUGUGACUUGCUCUCUUAUGACUAGAUGCUGUCACACUAUUGAUAUAUGAAAAGAAAACAUAGGAUUACUGAAGAGCAAGGACAUUAAGGGAAAAACUGAUAAUCCAUCACCGGGUGGAAAUGAAUGAAAACAAAUACGGAGAUGAUUGUUUGGAUUAGAAGUCUAAACACAGGGUAGUUGUACAACAUCCUGGCAGAUAAGCAAAGGUGAAUUUAAAGUGGGAUGAUAUGGGGGGGAGAGCAUUUUUUAAAUGGUUAAAAUGUUGGAAUUUUAAAAUGUUUCGGGUGGCUUCUGGACUUUACUGCAAAUUUGAAUGAUAAAGCAAAAACUAAUGCUAGCUGACUUUUACUGCACUCAAAAUUCAGACCUCUUGCAGUUUCUGGAGCAAUAGCACCAGAUUGUGUGGUUAUUGCAUUCAAUUUUUGAUCCAAAAUCAAAGUAUUACUACUAAACAAGGGUAGCCACUUCUUCACCAAAAAACCCGCACACCUGGACUCAUUUUCCAAUGUGAAACUGCUGAUUCUGUUCAGUCACUAGCACUGAGCCCCGUGGUGGUUUAUUUGGAUAGCACCGUUUUGAAACUAGCGGAUCAAUGAUCUUUGAGGUGGUUUUGAGUCGGGAUGUGCUGGGAACUGAAUUUUUAGAGCGAGCUGGAGCAGCUGCAGGUCUCAUGGGCUCGGCUGGCAGUCUAGAGGGGCGUGUAGAAAAGCUAGCUUGAUUCAGGCAGGCGAAGGGGCUGGCUAUGUGCAUGUCUUCUGCCAGGCUCCCGUGCGAAAGGCACCUGACUUAUCGUCUCUCGGGGCAGCCACUGGUGUUUGGGGCAGCGCCACUUACAAAAAUGGCCAGAUUCAUCAAGACCAAACCACGGGCGAGGUUCUGCUU